GUUGUUACAAAUCUGUUUUGUGAUCGGGCGUUGCCUUUGUGUCUAAAAGAGUGUUUAGCAAACUAGUGAUCUGGGUUUUGAAAAUCGUGAUCUUAUUUUCCUUAUGUAAUAUAAGUUAAAACCUUCACUCUGAGAAGCUCAAAUAACGAGGAGGAGGAACUAAAUAGUCUACAAAUACAACGAAAAUCGACAUGGAAAAACCAGUGUGUUUGAUGAACUCCAUUUGCCUUUUUAAAAAGCGGCAUAGUUUUUUUAUGUCGAGAAACAUUUGACUUUAAUAGAUCUAUGUAGAAGUUUUGAAAUUCUAAAAUGUUUAUUAUCAGUAUUAUUAUUGCAUUUUCCUCUACAUGGUGUUUUCAUUCAGUGUCUUCUGAAAGUGUUAUGUUUUCAGCAUCAUUCUACGGAGGCAGCUACGUGCAUGUACCCCUUCAAGAUGCAAAGAGCACGACUGAAGUGCAGCUCAAGUUUAGGACCAAGCAGUCCGAGGCGUUAUUACUUCUGGCGGCCGGUCGCACUGAUUACUGUCUUAUUAGACUGGAAGCUGGCAGACUAAAAGUUCAUAUUAAUUUAGGCGCAGGUGAGACGGAAGUAGCCUCCCCGAAGGGUUUGAAGCUUAACGACUUGACGUGGCACCAGGUCGUAGUGUCGAGAACAGAUGCUAACAUCACUCUGUUGGUGGAUCAGAUACACGUCACCAGAGAAAAGCUUCCGGGGAAGUUUUUCGAGCUCAACAUCCACUAUGGGGUGUACGUAGGUGGUCAAGGUGACUUCUCCGAGUUGUUCCUAGGCCAUGGGGAGUGGCUACGGGGAUGCUUAGCGGACGUUGUCUACAACGGGGUUCAGGUGCUACAAAGAGCGAGGCAGCGUACUGGCAAGUCCGACGCACAAGGUGUGACGUGGAACUGUGCGGCAGAGUUUGAUGCCAGCUUGGAGCAGGACAUUAGUUACGUGGAGGAUGGUGCCUAUAUAGCUCUGCCCAACAUCAUUAAUCGAACUGGAGUCAGGUGGGAAGUAGAGAUCAAAACAUCAUUUCUACAAGGAGUGUUGCUGUAUUCCAGUGGCUUGUCUCCGGGUCGCAGCGAUUAUGUCGGUGUCGAGGUGGUGGGAGGGCAAGUCAGGGUAACCCUGGACAAGGGUAACGGAGCCGUUGAGUUGACCAGUGACACGGGCGUCAGUGACGGAGUGUGGCACAACGUCGCAGUCAAACUGACACCUUCCAUCAUUGACAUCGCAGUGGACGGACACAGUAACUCACUGCGGCUGGCUCACAGCGGGAGUCGAUACUUCGAUCUGUCUGACACGGUAUACAUUGGUGGUAUGGAGCUUAACAAGAGGGCCCGGGCAUUAGGACAGGGCCUGAAGGCUGCAGAUACAAGCUUUAAAGGCUGCAUGCGACUUUUGGCAGCCGACGGUAAACGUUUUGGCAUCCCUAACGCCAAAGUGACACAGGGUAUUCUGCCUGAGUGUGUGUGGUCGUACAUGUGUACACAGAACCCCUGUGCUCCGGACGCUAAGUGUGUACAACAAGGGGUGGAUUCUUUCCGCUGUGAGUGUUUACGAUCACACUGUCUUAAAGAGGACUACGCAACAUCGUACAAGGUGUUCUCCAAGACAUCGCAACUUGAGUUGGUGGAGUUGUCGCCAGUGAGUGUGGUAGAAGGACAGAACGCACUGUUGACCCCGGCGCACAUGAACGUAGUGCUGGACUAUGCCAAGUACGGUGUGAGGGACUCCGGCGUGCUGUUCCUGACUGUAGGUGCGCCGGAACAUGGCAGACUGGCUGUGGAAGUGUGGGAGAGGGGGGGACAGGGGAGGGACCAGCAGGUGUUCACACUCCUGGACCUGGCCAAGGAUAAGGUGCGCUACCUACACGACGGCUCUGAGAGCACACAGGACAGUAUUAUGAUGGAUUUGGAGCUUGCGCCAGGUCCCGGGUUUAUCAUACCCGGGUAUCUGCAAGGCAAACACAGGUUCAUACUGCACGUGGACAUUUCACCUGUCAAUGACCCGCCUACUCUCAACAUCCCGUCCAGCCGGGUCCUGCGACUUGCUCAGGGAACUCGUAAGAAGCUCGGCAGAGAGCUGUUAAACGCUACCGACCCUGAUACGGUAGCUGACAGUCUCCUAUACUCUGUGCUUGGUAAUAGCAGUGGAGGUAUCAUAGAGAGAACAGACAACCCUGACGUGUCCAUAACGUCGUUCACUCAAGCAGAGGUUGACGAUGGAACCAUCUAUUACCGUCACACACGACGCGAGCCUGGCAACUCUAAAUUGGCUCUGCAGGUGUCAGAUGGCAUAGACACUAGUCCUGUGUCGUUUCUCCACAUUUCCGUGUUUCCAUUACAACUUCAACUGGAGAACAACACGGGCGCUGUUCUCACGCACAACUCGUGGACAAUGAUCAGUCCUGCCAACCUUAGCUAUACUACCAACGCUGACGAUCCUUCACUCCUCGUACACUACCAGGUGGUGAGUGGGCCGCAUUGUGGGACGCUACAGAAGCAGAUCUUGGCAGGUCAAGACUCGUGGUACAAAGUGGACAGCUUCACCAGCCACGAGCUGGCUCUGGGGGAGAUCAGAUAUGUGGCGUGUGCCGGUACACCUCGCCAGGACAACUUUACGAUGCAAGUAUCAGCUGCUGGCGUGGUCGCACCGUCCAAGCCCACGUUCAAACUGACGUUCACGGAGUUGCAUUUGCAGAGUGUCAACAACGCAGCUGUAGUGCUGGAUAGUGUAAGAGAUGCUGUGGUUACUGAGGCUAACUUGCUGUACACCACCACCCCACUGCCUAUAGACCCCACCACACUCACCUACGAGGUGGUGGGUCUGCCGAGGUAUGGAACUUUGUCAGUCAACAACUCAGUGCUGCGGUUGUCAGAUGUGUUCAGUCAGCAGGACGUAGCCCAGGGCAGACUGAGGUACAAGCUGCUCCGCACCGCGUACUCCCACGUCACUGACGGAGUCAUGUUCCGAGUGUCCGCUCCACAGUGUCAGGCCCUGGCUCCAGACAAACUCCGGUUUCUCCACACACCUCCGUCCCAACUGCUGCAGAGAGUUAGCGUUGUGCUUAACAUACUCAAGGUGGUGGAGGGUGGAUCAGCCCUGCUAAGUCAUGCACACCUAGACAUCAGCAUGCUGGGUCUCAGUUCGCUGCAGUAUGAGUUGACUCACGCCCCGGCCCAUGGCUGGGUGGACGUGGUCGGCCAGGACGGAAGCGUCAGUCGCCCCAACACCUCCACCUUUACAGCGGCAGAGGUCGGCCAACACAGAGUGCGGUACACUCACGAUGGAUCAGAGACGCAGAGGGACGUGCUGCAGUUUGUGGCUGUGUCUACCCGAGAGGAGGACUUUCUGUAUGUGGGAGAGCUAGAGAUCGCAGUGAACCUGACCAAUGACAACGCACCAGUGAGAGCUGUAGACAGAGUGUUCAGAGUGGUGCAGGGCGGUGAGCGGCUGUUGACCGGACGAGACCUCAGGUACAUAGACGCUGAUGUGGACUGUACCCCGGCCAACAUACUGUACACUCGCAAGGACAUCACCAACGGAGGAAUCUACGCGGCUGACGAACCCAACUCACCGCUCUACCAGUUCACACAGGCAGACCUGGACGCUGGCCGGGUGCUGUUCCGCCACAGCGGGGAGACGGAGAGCCGUGUGUUGUUGUUGGUGAGUGACGGAGUGCAUCACACGGAGGGAAUGUUGGAAGUCAAUGCCAGUCCUCCGUAUGUGGAGAUUGUCAACAACACCAGGCUGGUAGUGAGGCAAGGCGGUUCUGCUGGUAUCACAUCCCACAAUCUGUACACUGAGACCAACGUCAACCUGGCACACCAGCAGAUCAGGUUCGACGUGUCCGAUGGGCCUAGUCAAGGUGUGUUGGAGCUGGAAGGCAGUCUGGACCCUGUGAAGGUGUUUGUGCAAGACGACAUCAUCAACAACAAGCUGUCAUAUCGACACAACGGAGAUGUCACCAGUGUGCAAGACAGCUUCCUGCUCAAGGUGUCAGUGGAGGGUGCAGAAACCUCAGCUCAGUUCCAGGUGAGAGUGUUCCCAGCUGGUUACUGGGAUCCGCUCACUGUUGCCAACAAUCAAACUUUGCACGUUGAAGAAUCCACGAGUGUGCCUAUCACAGAGGAAUACCUUCAGGUGAGGCAGCCGCACGUGCCCCCGUCGGACAUCACAUACCUGGUGGUGGAGCCGCCCCGCUAUGGCUACUUGGACUUGGAUAGUGACGAAGCAGUCACUACCUUCAGUCAGGAGACGGUCAACUCUCGACGACUGCAUUACGUACAAGCUGCGGCCAAUCAGACAAGGGAUCACAUGGUGCUGACAGUCACCAAUGGGAUUACACAGCUUACCAACCUGCUGGUAAGUUUCCUGGUGGUGCCAGAACGGUUGUACAUCGGCGGAGGAGAGUUGCGGUGUGAGGAGGGGGGGAAUGUGACCUUGCCUCCCUCUCUUCUGCCCCCCCUCACCGAGUACUAUGUAGGCAGGCUGACAGAGUACCGGCUGGCACGACCACUGCACCACGGUCGACUUGUGUCUGCAGCUCAGCCAGCGCGCACCCUCACUCGGUGGAGUCCUCAGCAGAUGCAGGCUGGCUUGAUACAGUACGUCCACGACGGCAGUGAGACCACAGAGGAGGUGUUCAGUGUUGUAGCCAAAGCCGGAGACAAGGAGAGUCAUCCUGCAAGAGUCAAAGUGAUCAUAUCUCUAGUCAAUGAUCAGGUGCCAUUGGUGAUCAACAACACAGUGCUGAGGUUGUGGCGAGGCGGAUCACAGACCAUCACAUCUGCACAUCUAGGUGCUGAAGACCGGGACUCGCCGCCAGAGAACAUAACGUUCGCCAUACUGUCGGCCACAGCUGGCCACAUUGCGCUGGCUGCCUCGCCUCACUCCCCCAUCGACAAGUUCACUCAGGCUCAAAUCAACAAUCUCCAACUGGUAUUUGUACAUUCUGGAGAAGCAGUGAAUGGAGAGGUGGACCUGGCUAUCAGUGAUGGAGCCAACUCUGUAGGUCCGAUCAUCUUCAAGACCCGCAGUGAGGAGGUGACUCUGCACUUGUUGGUCAACAAGCCUCUCAAUGUGUUUCCUCUGCUGAGACGUGUCGUCACCGCAGAACACCUACACGCUGAGUGUUCCGACCCCUCCAGACAGGUUAUGUUCCGAGUGAGAUCACAACCCACCCUAGGACAGUUGGUGUUGGAGCCUGACAAGUCUCCUGUUCUCAACUUUACGCAGAGUGAUGUGACAGAAGGUAGAGUCUCCUACCAGCACACUACACCUCAGAACCAGGUGUUCACAGAGCACGCGACCAAUGACAGCUUCACGUUUGAUGUGGUCGCAACUCACGCCACUCCUCUGCUUAACCAGGAUUUCCAAGUGGACAUUUCAGUGUGGUCGGGAGGUCUGGACGAGUUUCUAGACACAACCUACUCUCUGGAGGUGGAGGAAGGUGGUCACUCGAGCAUCAACAUCAACACCACUCUGAUGAUGAAAUUCCUGUCUCAGCACGUAGGGACUCCCACCAUCACGGCGAAGCUGUGGGUGCCUCCCUCACACGGCGCGGUGUGUUACCACGGCAACUGCGGUGAUAAUCGGACCACCUUCUCUAACUGGGAGCUCAACAACGGCUGGGUGGAGUAUCACCACGAUCACUCGGACACGCUACAGGACAGUGUUAGUCUCUCACUGUACCUGGAGCCUGGGGACGUUUUGUUGUGUAACAUCACAGUGCCUGUCAGAGUGAGGCCGGUGAACGACCAACCCUUCCAACUCAUCACGCAGGCUCCUCACGUCAAGUGUGUGCAGGGCCAACGCAGGACCGUCACCAAACUGGACUUGCUUACGGAAGAUGACGACACUCCUCCGACAGAGAUUGUUUACGAGAUCGUCAGCGGUCCUAGUCACGGAGUGAUUGCAGUCGGCGGGAAUACGACUGUCGGGAGGUUCACACAGGCCGAUAUAGACUCUGGAAGAGUCGUUUUUGAACACUCUGGACCUUUGCAGCCUGCGUCUUUCUACUUUAGAGUUUCAGACGGUCAAUUUAAUCCUGCGUAUACGGUGUUCAAUAUUGCAAUUAUACCUGUGACACUCAACGUGUCGGUUGUAACGCCUGUGCUGUUACAACAAGGAUCAAGUGUUGCUGUAAUCACCAGCAAUGUUUUCCUCAUCAACACUAACGGCAGGGAAGACAGUGUAGUUUACAAUGUCACCAAGUCACCGUAUCACGGUGUCAUCUAUGUAGACGACAUUGCCACCAAUAGAUUCAAACAGAGUGAUUUGAACACACGGAGAGUUAUGUACAUGCAAACAGACAUGACUACUCACAGUGAUACGUUCGAAUUAGCUGCGACUUUCCCUCUUGAAGACGCUCCCGUCGUCACAGGACUCAAUGUGAACAUGAGUGUCGAACCACUCAUAAAAUUGGGAAAAUUUUUUGCUACUGCAGGAAAUAGAACAAAACUCACAACCGAGGCUUUAGAUGCAAGUCCUCUAGCUAAGUUAACAAACUCUGAUCCAACAUUUAAGGUUUUGAAGAAACCAAGAUUCGGGAGGUUGAAGAAGAUAAUUUACAGUUCAGGAGAGAAGCGAACCGUCAAAGAAAAAGAAGUGACAAGAUUCACCCACGAAGAAGUGAGAAGCGGUGUUAUUUACUACUGCGCUCGACGGAUUCAAGAAAGUCAAACGGACAGUUUCCCGUUCCUCUUGGCAGCCUCUAUUUUUCAACCCGCAAUUGGAGAGAUGAGGUUCGACGUUGUGUUGGACACGGGAUAUCCAUCGACAACAUUUACUCCACCAAAACCUCCCAGACUCCCCGGCCCUAAACCCCCAAUAGGUCAUGAAGGUGUGGAAAUAGCCAGUCCCAACAUGAGUGACGAUUACUUGUUAGUCGUCGGGAUGGUGGUGGGCACAAUAAUACUAGCCAUCAUCGUCGUGAUGCUGGUGCGGUGUGGUUCUAAGCGAGCGGAGAGUUUACACAGUGCUAAGAGUGAUUUGAACGCUCCUCUACCACUACCUCAACCUCCGGACGAACUACUACCCCUCUCUCCUCACCCGAAGCGUUCCGACUCUAUGACGCCCGGUUCACUCCCCCAGUGUAAAGUGAUCCCUCUCGGUCCGACCAUGGACUCUGUGACAGGCUCGGAAACAGAACUGAACCUGCGUUAUCCGUACGGAGCGGCCGACGAAGACUGGAGCAGUUACGAGGCGUCGGAAAUGGGCUAUUCUCAACGAGCCAACAACCCGAUGCUACGACGCAACCAAUACUGGGUCUGAUAGUGUCCUCGACAACGCACUCACGCGUUGUCUGCCAAGACUAUCACUAAUGCUCAUUGACUGCGACUGAAUGGUGUUUGGGUUAAUGUGAGUGAGGGUUCAAAGUCACACCACUUGUGAAUUUGUUAGAUUACUACUAAAAUUAAUCGUACAUUUUUUACUUAAUCAUAUGUUAGCUAAACAACACAUGUGUAUUCCCUUCAUAUUAUUUUUCAUCAUUUGAAUUAAAUCCAUGAAGUAAAAUUUCCAAAAAUGGUAUCAAAUACAUUGAGAGGGAAGGAAUGGAUAUACUACUUACCCAAGAAAAGAGUAGUAGGAUGAAUUUUACUAGAAUAGAAUCACACUACUUUUCUCAGAAAUAUCAUCUUUCCUCAAUGAAUCCCUAAGCCAAGUGCUUUUUCUGCCAAAAAACAGUUAGAGAAAGAAUUUAGUCAGCGUCAAUUCACAAUUGGUGUCGCUCUUAGACCUGUUUGACAGGUUUUACCAAGAAACAUUGUGGACAGAGUAAUGUAAUCGUAUUAACUAACGUGUGUUAGAAGCUGUAACUUUAAGUUUUCAGGGUACUAAACAAUCAAUUGAUUCUUUCAGUUAUAUUUGUUUUGUAAAUAUUUGUGCUAUCAUUCUUAUGUCUCAACUGAUUCAUAACACCAUUGAAUACCUCCUUGACUAUAGUUUGAGUUUUCAUGUAGUUUUUAUGUCUAGAAUAAUUGCAGUAUUACGUGUAAGAUACUUUUGUAAUUUCAAAUUGUUUACCCCUGUGUAAUUUAUUUGCCAAAGAGGUAUUUUGUGUCAAUUACAAACUGUACAAUAAGUUGAUAAUUUUUGUAAGUUAAUGUGAAGAAUUUUUAAAUAAGCUGAACUUUUAUUUAAGAUUUCUAUGAGUUUUUCUAAUCAAUGUUAUUAAACGUAUUUUAAAAACAUACCAAAGAAGUUGUAGUGUACCAAAGCUAAAUUAAGAUUAUUGUCUCUAGUUAAUGAUUUGGUUAUUGAUUAUUUGUUGUUAAGAGUAAUAUAAAAAUGUUUUAUAAUUAUUCAGUUAGUUAAUGUUACCGUUAAACUAUAACAUAGUGCUUUUUUAAUGUGACAGAUUAUGUGU